AUGAGGAGCCGCAGUAAUUCGGGAGUGAGGCUGGAUGGGUAUGCCAGGCUGGUCCAGGAGACGAUUCUAUGUCACCAGAACCCAGUGUCAGGGCUGCUGCCUGCCAGUGCCCAGAAAAAAGAUGCCUGGGUGAGGGAUAAUGUGUACAGUAUUCUGGCGGUGUGGGGGCUGGGCAUGGCAUAUCGCAAGAAUGCCGACCGGGAUGAGGACAAGGCCAAGGCCUACGAACUAGAGCAGAGUGUGGUCAAACUGAUGCAAGGACUGCUGCGUUGCAUGAUGAGGCAGGUUGCCAAGGUGGAGAAGUUCAAAUGCACCCAGAGUACCGAGGAUUGUUUGCAUGCAAAAUAUGAUACCCCGACUUGUGCCACAGUGGUGGGAGAUGACCAGUGGGGUCAUCUUCAGGUGGAUGCCACCUCCAUUUACUUGCUCAUGUUGGCCCAGAUGACAGCAUCAGGUCUUCGUAUUAUCUCAAACUUGGAUGAGGUUGCUUUUAUCCAAAACUUGGUCUUCUACAUAGAGGCUGCGUACAAGGUGGCGGAUUAUGGAAUGUGGGAGCGAGGUGACAAAACCAACCAGGGAAUUCCUGAGCUCAAUGGGAGUUCUGUCGGAAUUGCCAAGGCAGCACUUGAGGCUAUAGAUGAGCUGGAUCUUUUCGGCGCCCACGGAGGCCCAAAAUCUGUCAUCCACGUUCUUCCCGAUGAAGUAGAACACUGUCAGUCCAUCCUGUGCUCCAUGCUGCCUAGAGCUUCAACUUCCAAGGAGAUAGACGCUGGACUCCUGUCAGUUAUUUCCUUCCCCGCUUUUGCUGUGGAGGAUCCAGAAUUGGUGGCCAUCACCAAGUCAGAGAUCAUCAGUAAAUUGCAGGGUCGCUACGGUUGUUGCCGCUUCAUCAGAGAUGGAUAUCAUUGUCCUAAAGAGGACCCGACCCGACUGCAUUACGAUCCUGCGGAGCUGAAACUGUUUGAAAAUAUUGAAUGUGAGUGGCCUGUCUUUUGGACUUACCUCAUUCUUGAUGGUAUCUUCACAGGAGACCAAGUGCAGGUGCAAGAGUAUCGAGAAGCACUGGAGGCCAUUUUGAUCCGAGGGAAGAAUGGCAUCAAAUUGCUGCCUGAACUUUAUGCUGUACCAAUUGAUAAGGUGGAAGAGGAGUACAGCAACCCCCACACUGUGGACCGAUUAGCCAUGGGGCAGGUGCCUCACAUGUGGGGACAAUCGCUGUACAUUCUGGGCUGCCUUCUAGCAGAGGGCUUUUUGGCACCAGGAGAGAUCGACCCACUCAACAGAAGAUUCUCCACAAAUUUAAAGCCUGAUGUUGUGGUGCAAGUUUGUGUCUUAGCAGAAUCGGAGGACAUCCAGAACUUGUUGAGCGAGCAUGGGAUGACGGUCCAGGUUUUGUCUGAGGUUUUGCCAAUCCGAGUCCUGCCAGCUCGCAUCCUGAGUCACAUCUACGUCCGCCUGGGGAAUUGCAAGAAACUCAAUCUGAGCGGGAGGCCUUACAGACACAUUGGAGUUUUAGGAACAUCUAAAUUUUAUGAGAUCAGGAACCACUCUUACAUCUUUACCCCACAGUUUCUAGAUCAGCACCAUUUCUACUUGGCCCUUGACAAUCAGAUGAUCGUGGAGAUGUUCCGUACGGAGGUGGCAUACCUUUCGUCCUGCUGGAGGAUGAUAGGACGACCCACCCUCACCUUUCCUAUCACCCGCAGCAUGCUAGUUGAAGAUGGAAGUGAGAUUGAUCCGUGUAUCCUAGCAACACUCCGGAAGCUGGAGGAUGGCUAUUUUGCUGGAGCGAGAAUCCAGUUGUCGGACCUCUCCAGCCUCCAAAACACUUCUUUUCACACUCGGCUGAGCUUCUUGGAUGAAGAAAACGAUGACAGCUUGCUUGUUGACGAUGAUGAAGUCGAGAGAGACUAUGGAGAAGAAUACAACCAGUGUGAGCCUUCAGGCUCAUCCGACACGUUCGAUCAGUACCUGACGCAGCUCCUCCACAGCACCACCAGCAGAUCUCACCUUCCCCCCAUCAAGAGUGGGCAGCAUCACGUGUUCAGCGCUGAACACACCACCAGAGAUAUCCUGUCUUUGAUGGCCAAGGUUCAGGGGGUUAACAUUCCUAAGUCUUCCAUGUAUCUACCCGUUGCCCCUCUCAUGAACAAGCAUCGUAAAUCUCUCAACUUGCUUGAAGUUCCUCAACCCGUGCCACAUGCAAAGCAGCACAAGUCUCGCAGUGCAACUGAUCUCCACCUCCCUCGAGACGCUCAAGGCAACACAGAUUUUGCAGCGCUAGUGAGGCAGCUGAAGGAGUGUCCCACUCUGCAGGACCAAGCAGACAUCCUAUAUAUCCUCUAUGUGAUGAAAGGAGCCGAUUGGGUGGUCGAGGUGUCUGGUCCGGGCCAAGGUUGGGUGAGUGUUCGCACCCUGUUUGAGGAGCUGUAUGUGCAAGCUGGAGCCUGUAAGGAAUGGGGGCUCGUCAGGUACAUCUCGGGAAUACUACGGAAAAGAGUGGAGGUCCUUGCUGAGGCCUGUACAGAUCUAAUUUCCCACCACAAGCAGAUCACAGUGGGUCUUCCUCCUGAACCCAGGGAAAGAGUGAUUGCAGUGCCUCUUCCCCCUGAAGAAUUGAAUGCUCUCAUCUUUGAAGCCAGCGGUCAGGACAUCAGCGUCGCAGUUCUCACUCAGGAAAUCAUGGUCUACUUAGCCAUGUACGUGCGCUCGCAGCCCGCUCUCUUCGGAGACAUGCUUCGACUGAGGAUAGGACUCAUCAUGCAGGUGAUGGCCACCGAGCUGGCUCGCAGCCUGCGAUGCUCUGGGGAAGAGGCCUCUGAAAGCCUGAUGAGCCUCAGUCCUUUUGGUAUGAAGAACUUGCUGCACCACAUCCUCAGUGGCAAAGAGUUUGGGGUGGAAAAAAGCAUGCGACCUAUCCAGUCAACAGCGACCAGUCCGGCAAUCUCUAUCCAUGAACUAGGACACACCGGCGCCACAAAAACUGAGCGCUCAGGAAUACACAAACUCAAGAGUGAAAUCAGACAGGUGGUUAAAACAUUCACAGCAAAGAAGGAAAAUGUUGUAACAUCGACGCCCACUAAAGUCAGAUCUAUCCCUCCACAGCGUUGCAGCAGCCCUUCCACUCCCAGUGGGAUGUUAUCUCCAGUGGGUUCCGGACCAGGUGACGGCCAGCUGCACUGGGAGGAGCGGCAAGGUCAGUGGCUGAGGCGACGCAGGUUGGACGGAGCCAUCAACAGAGUGCCGGUGGGUUUCUACCAGAAGGUCUGGAAGAUUCUGCAGAAGUGCCACGGCUUAUCCAUCGAUGGCUACGUUUUGCCCUCGUCCACCACAAGAGAGAUGACAGCCAGAGAGAUCAAAUUUGCAGUGCAGGUGGAGUCUGUUCUCAACCAUGUUCCUCAACCUGAGUACCGACAAUUACUGGUGGAAACGUUGACCAUUCUGGGACUAGUCGCAGAUGUGGAUGUCGACAACAUCGGGGGCGUCAUCCAUGUGGAGCGCAUCCUCCACAUGGCCAACAACCUGUUCCUCAGUGACCAGAAAUCUCGCAGUGCCUGUGAUUAUUUCCUGGAGAAAGACCCAGCGACAGGAAUCUGCAACUUUUUCUAUGACAGUGCCCCCAGCGGCCGCUACGGUACCAUGACGUAUUUGUCCAAAGCUGCGAUUACUUACGUCCAGGACUUCCUGCCCAGUUCCAGCUGCCUAAUGCAAUGA